AUGAGCACAAAAUUUCUAUUUAUUGAAUCAAUGAAUAUUUUAAAUAUAAUACCUCAAUAUCAUAUAUUGCUAGGAGUGUUCUUAAUAAUGUGGCUCACCUGGUUUAUUAGUAAAAGGUAUUACAGCCGAGACAGAAUGCUAACUGAAAAUGAAGUAGAAAGAAAGCUGGCUGAAUGGAAUCCUGAACCUUUGAUAAAUAAUCCGCAAAUGAAUCAUAUAUCUUUAAAUCCAAGACGCAUAAUGUCCAGAGCUGGUAAAAAAAUAGUGGUAGACGGAAAAGACUGCCUAAAUUUAGGCACGCACAAUUAUCUAGGAUUAACUGAAAAUAACGAAAUAGAAAAAAAUGCAAUAGCAGCAAUUAGAAAAUAUGGAGUAGGCUCUUGUGGGCCGCGUGGAUUUUAUGGUACUGUUGAUGUUCAUCUUGAAUUGGAAGAACGCUUAGCAAAUUACACAGAUACAGAAGAAGCAGUUGUAUAUUCAUAUGGAUUUAGUACAAUUUCCUCUGCAAUCGCAGCUUAUUGUAAGCGCAAGGAUCUUGUAUUUGUCGAUGAACAAGUAAAUUUUGCUAUACAAAAAGGAUUAGAUGCAUCUAAAGCUAAUAUUAUUUAUUUUAAACAUAAUGAUGCAAAUGAUCUUCAUAGUUUAUUAAUAAAACAGGCAAAAAUUGAUGAACAGAACCCUAAAAAAGCAGCUAAAAUCAAACGUAUUUAUAUGAAUACUGGAAAUAUCUGUCCAUUACCAGAAUUGGUUGCACUUUGUAGACAAUAUAAAUUAAGAAUAUUUAUUGAUGAGUCAAUAUCAUUUGGAACUCUCGGUGAACAUGGGAAAGGCAUCACUGAACACUUUGAUAUUCCUAAACAGGAAAUUGAUAUGAUUAUGGGUUCUCUGGAUUGGGCAAUGGGAUCUAUUGGAGGUUUCUGCGUAGGUACAUCAUUUAUUAUUGAGCACCAACGCUUAUCUGGGCUUGGAUAUUGCUUUUCUGCAUCUUUACCACCUCUUUUAACAACUGCAGCUAUUACUUCUUUAGACAUUAUGAAAAAUAAUCCGCAAAUAUUUAAAUCAUUAAAGGAUAAUUGCAUAGCUAUAAAUGAAGGACUUCAAAAUAUUCAUUGCCUGAAAUGUUCAAGUUUCCCAGAAUCCCCAGUAAAACAUGUAUUUUUAAAAAAUAAAAAAGAUCGUGCUGCAGAAGAGCAAUUGCUUUCUAAGAUUUCUAAUAGAUGUAUUGAAAACAAUUUAGCAGUUAUAACUCCUGUCUAUUUAGAAGCGGAGAAAAAUUUACGUAGGCCUAGUCUUAGACUUUGUAUUUCUACACUUCUCAACAAAAGUGACAUCGAUUUUGCAGUGAAUGUAUUGAAAAAAUGCGCUGAAGAAAUCUUAUCG